UCUCUCUGGCGCCAUGGCACAUAGUGGCCGCUGUCCUGUUGAGUUUAUUAGUCCGCGCGGCUCAGACACUGGAGCUUUGAGAAUGCCAACUCUGGGAGCAGUCAUUGCGGCCUCAGGAGAGAUCAACAAGAGCUGUCCUAUCUGGAGCACGGGAGUGGGGCGGAAGUUCCUCACCCGCCAUUUUUCUUCCUGGCGCCGAGGCAUUCGCAAUGCAGUUUUGUCAGCUGAAUGUGUCUGGGUUGGCUGAGCCUCCGAGGCGGUGAGACGGCCGCGCACACGGGAGAGUUGGGUGUAGACUUGGAGACUAUGACCUUUGAGGAUAUAGCUGUCAUCUUCACUUUGGAAGAGUGGGCUUUGCUGGGUCCUUCUCAGAUGAAACUCUACAGAGAUGUAAUGGAGGAAACUUUCAGGAAUCUGGUCUCUAUAGAACAAGCACAGGAAUGCCAGAAUAUUGAAGAUAACCACAAAAUUUCCUGGAGACUAAGAGGGAUACAGAAUCACCAUGAAAGUGGCAUGGCAACAACUGUCAGAUGUGGCAGCUAAAGCAGGAAGCUAAGAACUCAUAUCCUUAACUGGCAGCAUGAAGCAAAAAGUGGGACCUGGAAAUGUGUGGAUGUAAAUUCUCUAAGCUGGUAGGCCCAGUAACAUAUUUCCUGCUGCCGGGCAGCAUUUCCUAAUUCUUUCCAAAUGAAACCACCAAUUACAAGAAUUGGUUUCUCAGACUCCAUGCCUACAUACUUGCUUUUGGUUACAUAAAACAAUUCAUGGUGAAGAAAAACUGUGUAAUAAGCCAUUAGGUGCCUCAAUACCUGUGUUACAAGAACAAAUGCUUAAAAGAGAAAAACUUCCAUGAAUGAAAAAUUGUUUUUCUAAAGAGUUGCUUUAAUUGUAAUUAUGUGAUGUCAGUGUUUGUUUUUGUGGGUGUGUGAAUGUGCAUGUUGUUCCUGAGAACAUUAAACCCUUGGAUCUUUUUGAAUUAUAGGAAGUUGUCAAAAAUCAGACCUUGGUCCUGGUAAUGAACAUUUCUUAACUGCUCAGCCUUGUCUCUAGUGCUGUAAAUAUUUUAAAAACUAUAUCAUUUUGAAGUGAGGAAAUGGGAAUAAACUCAUACAAGAGAAAAACCCUACUCAUGUAAAUAAUUUGGUAAAGGCUCUAGACAUCAAAGUUGUCUUCAGCUUCAAGAACAAAAAUCAAAUUUCAUUUGUUUUUCAUUGUAGCCUUGAAGGAAGUAAAUUACUUACCAUGUUCAUUUAAGACAUGAUUGAGAUCACUGCAUUGUAGUUUCUAUUUUGAAACAUUUGAGGUAGAUACUCAAAUGUGCUCUAUGUGUGGCAAAUCCAUUUAGUGAAGUUUAUUUUGUUCUCUUCAUAUUCCUUCUGUUGCUUUUGUUCAUGUUUUAUUGUGCUUUCACUUAGUGAUAGGUAUUUUUCUGCUGUAAUGUAUAGAAUGGGAUCCCCAUCUUCUAAGUGGUCCAUUGUUUGUUUAAAUAUCAGGCCGUGUGUGAUUAUACUUUUCAAGUAAGGGUGUCUAUGAAAAGGUGGUGGGUUGUCAUUCCUGUUUUUUGUUUUUCAUAUUUUCACAUAUACCCUUGUGAUUUUGUUGUUUGUUAUUCAUCCUGGCUUGGAUGUCAGUAAUGAUUCAGGGAUACAUUGCAACUCAUAAUCCUCAUGUGUCUGUUUCCAGAAUACAAGUCUAAGAGUAGAUGAUGUACUCCCAAUGUGUGCUGUUUUGUCAACACAAUUUUGCAAUGUUAAUGUUAAAAUGCUUAAUAGAAGAAAAUAUAAGAAACAUUAAAUGCCUCGUUAUUGGGGGGGGGGAGGAAGCAGAUAUGGUGACAUGCCUGAAAUCUCUGGUGGUUAGUCUGGCAGGGGAGGUGGUGAGUUUAUAUUAUAUGAGGACCUCACCUCAAAAAUACUAAGGCCUGGAGAGAUAGCUUAGCAGUUAAGAGCACCCACAUCUCAUAGGCCACAUCCAGUGCCCUUUUCUAGCUUC